AUAAUUAAUAUGGAGACAGUUGUGAAGACAGCUACUAGCGUUCUUAAGGGUGCUCCUAAGGUAGCUAUCAUUGGAGCUGGAGUUUCUGGGCUUAUCUCUGCCAGACAUCUUAAAGAUAUUGCUCAUAUUAAAGUUUAUGAGUCCAAACAUGAUAUUGGAGGGUGUUGGCUAUAUACAGAGGAAUCAGAACGAAAUCAUCCAGACCUGGACUCAAAUGCUUAUUACAAGCUAUACGGGAACCUACACUCGUCACUGUAUCACAAUUUGCUUACAAACAUUCCUAAAGAGUGAAUGACCUGGAAAGACCACUACCACCACGAAGACACCCCAUACAUAAUGCCUAGCGAAACAUUUCUUGAAUACAUUCGAGAGUACGUCGAUAAGUUCGAACUUUCCCAAUACAUAGAGUUCAACCGGACUGUCACAUCACUCAGAAGAGUGGAAGAGACAGAAGAGAAUAGUCACAAGUUUAAGAUUGAGCAUAUCCACACCAACACCAAAGAAGAAUCAGAAGUUGUGGAGGAGUACUUCGACUAUGUCAUGGUUUGCAAUGGACAUUUCACUAAGCCCAACAUUCCUAAUUUCAAAGGCAUAGACACUUUUUCUGGGACUCAAAUCCACAUGCAUUCUUUGAGAAGAAUGGAGUCAGAAAAUUUUGAUGAUAAAAAUGUGUUAAUAGUUGGAGCUUGGGUCAGUGCAAAUGACCUGGUUGUGAAUAUGUUCUUUAGAGAGGAUACUAAAGAUCUUGUCAAUCCUAAGAAGGUAUUCAUUACAGGCAAAACGACAACUUUAUUAGAGAAAUCUGAAGACUAUAAGGAUAUUCAGGAUCAAAAUCUUCUUGAAAUCAAGUCCGGAAAUAUUGCUGAAAUCAAAGAACAUUCAGUAGUUUUUGGAGAUGGCUCUGAAGAACAAAUUGAUACCAUUAUAUAUGCAACUGGCUACAAAUACUCUUUCCCAUUCAUUGACCCAGAACAGAAAAUAGUGGAGUUUGAUUCUAAAGGCACUGAGGGAUUCUAUUUUGGACCCUUGUACAAAAAGAUGUUUUGAAUCAAUGAACCAAAUAUAUUCUUUAUUGGAAUUGUCGAAAAACUUCCCAUUAUUCACUCAACAUAUGAGAGACAAAUAUUACUUGCUAAAGAAGCUAUACAAGGCAAAAUUACACUUCCAUCCAAACAAGAAAUGCUUGAAGACCUUGCCUCUGAAAUGGAGAACCAUGAACAAACUGGCAAAGACAUGAGUUACUUCUAUAAAUUCAACCCAGCAGGUUACAGCUACUACGAUUACAACAAAGACAUGGAAGCUCUCACUUCAAUGGAGGUUGACACCACAAACUACUCAGCUCUGAAACCAGCUAACAAAGCCAAAUCUGAUCUUGUGAAGGCAGGGAAUGCUGUGCAAGUGAAGAACCUUGAUUACUCAGAAUAUCUGGAUGGCAUUGAGUUCAAACCCACAAGCAGUACAUUCUAAUA